ACGUCGACCUCCCCGUCCUCGUCUUCCUCCAUGGCCGACACCAAAAAGAGCGACGACUACGCUCUCGACAUCGACCCCAAACAGGACCGAUCGCCCUCUCCCAAAAUGGCUCCCUCGACCUCGUCCACCAUGUCGGGCAACCCCAUCCUGCCUGUCCUGGCCUAUUGCGGCAGUUCCAUUCUCAUGACCGUUACGAACAAGUAUGUCUUGUCGGGUACUGGCUUCAACUUGAACUUCUUCCUGCUCUGCGUCCAGUCUGUUGUUUGCAUCAUCGCCAUCCAGAGCCUCAAAAUCGCCAAUGUCAUCUCCUUCCGCGACUUCAAGACUGAGGAGGCCAGAAAAUGGCUUCCCAUUACCGUCCUCCUCAUUGGCAUGAUCUACACGAGCACCAAGGCCCUGCAAUUCCUGUCCAUUCCCGUCUACACCAUCUUCAAGAACCUGACAAUCAUCCUGAUCGCAUACGGCGAGGUGCUGUGGUUCGGCGGCUCGGUGACGCCCAUGGCGCUGCUCUCGUUCGGCCUCAUGGUGCUCAGCUCGGUCAUCGCGGCGUGGGCCGACAUCCAGCACGCGCUGGUCAACUACGGCGGCAGCGCCAGCACCGAGGCCUCGGACAAGAUCUCGACGCUGAACGCCGGCUACAUGUGGAUGCUGUUCAACUGCUUCUGCAGCGCGACGUACGUGCUGGGCAUGCGCAAGCGCAUCAAGCUCACCAACUUCAAGGACUUUGACACCAUGUACUACAACAACCUGCUCUCGAUCCCCAUCCUCCUGGUCGCCUCCCUCUUCGCCGAAGACUGGUCCUCCGCAAACAUCGAGCGUAACUUCCCCGCCGCGAGCCGCAACCCCAUCAUCCUCAGCAUGGUCUUCUCAGGCCUGUCGACCAUUUUCAUCUCGUACACGUCGGCAUGGUGCGUGCGCGUGACGUCGUCGACGACGUACUCGAUGGUGGGCGCGCUGAACAAGCUGCCCAUUGCCAUCUCGGGGCUGGUCUUCUUCGACGCGCCGGUAACAUUCGGCUCCGUGAGCGCCAUCUUCGUCGGCUUCGUGUCGGGCAUCGUGUACGCGGUCGCAAAGGUCCGCCAGGGCUCGCAGAAGAAGGACACGCUGCCGACGACGAACGUGCCCAUGAGCGCGAGCAGCCAGAGCGUGCGCGACGGCUUGAAGGCGUAAGGUUUGGGCGUGUAUCUGGUUUCAGUUUUCUACUGCCCCCGGGCUUGUAUGCUACUUUUUUCUCUCUCCCGCGGCGGCUGCCUGCUUGCCUGCCUGGCUGGCUGUUCAAACCACAGAUGAUGGAUGCAUUUUUCCUAGAAUUUUUUUUUUUUUUUUUUUUUUUUUUUUUUUGUUUU